AGAUCAUGUGCAUUGGUCGCUCAAGGACAUUUUCCGCUAGUACAUUUAAGUAAUCAUAAAUCAUUCCUAACGUUUCUCCCAUAUACAAUUUUUUUCUUGGGAUGUUUAAGUAGAUUUGGUUAAACGAAAAAUUUAUAUAGCCCGCCGAUUUAUUUAAGGACAUCUACCACUGAUGCAUCAUAAAGCACGUACGUAGCAUCUACAUUCCAAACACUAUUAAUUUAUUAACGAAUCUGCUUAAAAUUUUGUUAAAAGAAUUAUGUUACCUAAGUACAUUUGGUUAUUACCAUUAUUUGCAUCUAUUUUAUUAUACUCAAAUGAUUAUUUGAAUGGCAUCAAAUUUAAUUUUUUGGACAAAUGGUUAAAUAUUAUUAAAAAUGUGUACUCUGGACUUAAAAAAUCAAAUAUAGAGUUAAACAAAGAUACAAAUCAGAAAGUAUUUACAUCAACUGAACUUAAGAAAUAUACAAAUUUGAAAGAUGGUUUAUACAUUUCAAUACUAGGUCAAAUUUUUGAUGUCACAAAAGGUGCAAAACAUUAUGGUCCUGGUGCAACUUAUCAUGUAUUCACUGGUCGUGAUGCAUCUUUAGCAUUUAUUACUGGAGAAUUUAAUGAUAAGGGUUUAACAGAUGACAUCUCCUCAUUAUCUAUACACCAAGUUAAAGCACUGAAUGAUUGGGUCCAAUUUUACAAUAAAAACUAUAUUUAUAAAGGAAAAUUAAAUGGUAGAUAUUAUAAUGAAGAUGGUUCCCCAACUGAGGAAUCUCAUAACAUACAAAAAAUAUUAAUAAAUGCAAAGGAGAAGCAAUUUGAAGAAGCACAUAAAAAGAAAAUGUUUCCUCCAUGUAACAUAGAAUGGAAGUCAGAUUCUGGAACUGUAGUAUGGUGUACUAAAAAGAGUGGAGGAAUAGAAAGAGAUUGGAUUGGUGUACCAAGAAUGUUAUUUGAAUCUCCAAAUUCUAAGGAAUAUAGAUGUGCUUGUGCAAAACUUGAUAGUAAAGAAUAUGAAGAGACCAAAGGCAUGUUGAGAGAAUAUUCUCAAUGUCCAAAAUCUUCAACAAAAUGUGCCGUGAAAACAGAAUACUAAUAAAGAAUAAAGACAUAUUAUAAAUGUUAAUGUUGACACUUACAAUUAUAUGUAAAUAUUUAUUUAAUUUGAUUGUUUCUUACAUCUAUGAAACUAUUCUUUCUAAUUGAAACUAAUCAUUUUUAUAUCUUCUGUAGCAUUUUUACAAUUGUAAAUAAUUUGUAAUACAAAAUAUAGUAUAUUUAUCACGAA